AUGUUUCUUAAAAAUAUAUUGAUACCUCUUUUCUAUCUUGGAGUAGAAGUUUCACGGGUUUUUGGCGAGGAAGUGGAAAUUCGGCAAGUGGCCGCAGACAAGGGAACCAAUGUAACAAUACCUUGUGGCGGUCUCCUGGUAGCACCACCUACCAACGUACUCUGGGUCCACAGAGGCAACCGAACACACCAUGAAGUACUCAAGGACGGCAGUCUGUUCCUGAAGCAAGUGGCGGUAGAAGACGAGGGAUUGUACGAGUGUGGCGUAGAGAAUGAUACCGCGUACUCCGACAGGGUCAAUUUCACAGUUAGAACGGAACCUCCUCCAUUGGUAAACGUGACGGUCCACGCGUCUACCAUCCUGGCUAUCAUAUUAUGGAACGUGGCUGGUGAUGGAGGGCAUCCUAUAGUGGACUUCACCGCUCAGUACCGCUCCGCAGCACCCGUCAACGACUCACUGGAGCCCUGGCGCCCUAUCAGCCCCAACCAUAUCAGUCCUAACUCGCGACAAAUCGACGUGUAUCAUCUAGACCCGAACGCUUCCUACUGGUUCAGGGUGUGGGCCAACAACGUACUGGGCCCCGGACCUCCAGUAGAGGUCCUGGCCACAACGCUGUACAGCGAUCAGGAGGCUGAGCUAUAUAAGCACUUCCUCGAGGGCGCGGAGACAUUCGACACCCGCACGUGGGUGGCGGCUGUGUGUGUGGUGAUGGGCACGCUGUUUGUGCUCGCGGCCGGCACAUGUGCAGUUCUGUGCCGUGAGUGGCGUCGCUCAGAUUACACUGAAGAGCAAGACGUUAUAGAAUUGGUACCUAAUAUCAUUUUGAAUCCCGGUUUUAUGGAAUCUGACCCUGUACGAUCCCGGGAACCUUACGCAGCGUCAAUUAUCAAGUCGACGGAGUGUCCGGGCCCGGGGAAGCCUAGGCGUGUCUGA